AAAUGAAUCGGUGCGGAAGCUGCUUGGCGAGUGAGGCGGAUGUGCUGUCACUUGGUUGGUAUCGAGGCGGAACUGUUGUGUAGCUGCGCUGUUGCUGGAGGAAAGGUAUCGGUGACGGACUGCGCUCUCCAGCCACCUUGCAAUGUCCUCCUUGCUGUUCACGUUUCGGUCUCUGGCUGUAACUGGGCUGCGAUGUACCCCGGUGAGGGGUAAGAAGCGUUGGCUUAGGCCGUACCUAAUGGCCCUGGAAAGACAGCGGAAGUUGGAGGAGCCCCCGAAGCCGGUGCCCAGGUCACAGCAGCCAAACUUUGACUAUCAUGCUGAGAUCCUUGCUUUCUCCCAGCGACUGAAUGAGACCUUCUCCUUGGAUCUGUUGAAGACCGCAUUUGUAAACGGCUCAUACGUGGUGCAAGAACAGAACAGGCGUCAAGAGCUGGGUCUGGACAAAGAAACGGCUGCUUUAAGUCUGAAGGAUAACAACGAGCUCUUUGAAUGUGGUUCUGACUUUAUUGGAUUGUACCUUCGAAAUACCUUAGAGCAAGCCUUCCCCAACCUGCCUGCUGCUGGUGUUAAAGCCUUUGUUGACUAUCUUACUGGCCAAGAAAUCAUUAGCCAUAUAGCCCGGAAUAUGGCAGUCGAAGAUCUGACUCUGAGUUCUGAAUGCCCUUUGUCUCCUGCCACCCUUCAAAGAACCUUCUUUGCACUCAUUGGCGCUCUUCUCCAGAGCAGUGGCCCUGAGAGGACAGGGCUAUUUAUAAGGGACUUUGUAAUGCCACAGCUGACUGGGAAGGACCUGUUUGAUGUCUGGUCUGUUACAGACCCCAUGAGCUUGCUGGUGGAGGAAUUAUCUAAGAGGAACAUUGACCUCCCAGAGCCCAGACUCACCAGGCAGUCGGGAGCCAGCACUGUUCUGCCCGUGUACUUUGUUGGUUUGUACUGUAAUAAGGAACUGAUUGCGGAAGGCCCUGGGGACUCAGUGCUGGCAGCCGAGGAGGAAGCUGCCCGCGUGGCUCUGCGGAAGAUGUUUGGAUUUGCAGAGAACAGACGGCCUUGGGAUUACAGCGCGCCCAAGAAGCAUCUGAUUGAGGAGAAGGCAAUGAGCAGUGGUUAAAUUGCUCCGUUGUUAGACUCUGUCUAAUGAACUGAAAAUCAUAUUCCUGAUGGCAUCUUUGCUUACGGAAUUACCACUUAUUUGAAGGUGAUCACAAGGUGAUAUGAGAAGUGGUGUAUUGAUAGUCCGGUUUGGGAUGCAAUAUACCAAUUGGGGGCUUGGUCUACAUGUCAGCUGAGGUUUGAAAAGUGUUUUUUUCACCCAUCAUUGUAUGUACCAUGAUAGCCUUUUCUCCCACUGUAAGAAGAAUAAAAUAACUUAAACUUUUCAUUUCCUUUCAGUAAGAAUACUCCUUUUACAAUACUCAAUGUAUUCAUCUGCACUAUUCGUAUUUCCGUUUCUUUCACGCUUGAACAACCCCCGUCUCAACACACACACAAAGUUAUUAAUAUAAGUAUUACCGAUAAGUGUAAUUACUCUCUUGACCCCGCUAAUCAACAUGUAGAUAUUUCUCUCCAUAUUUGGUUGUUUUUCUACUUGACAAAGAGGUUUUUGAAUUCUGUUCUUUCACGAACUUGGUGGAUUCUGUCAAACGCUGUAGAAAUAAGUACCAUACAAACAAGUUUCUAAUGUGGUCCGACCAUUGUGUGACACAAACGGCUAUCAAAUGUAUAGAUCUUUACAUGUACACAAAUAAUGAGUAUGACUCUUUCUGACUA